UAAUGAUGGUGGCUAUUUAGUUUUUCCUUCAAUUCUGCCUGGUAACACUUGUGACGCAGAAACUACACACUUCACAUUUAGUUCAUCCAAAAAAAAACAAAUUAUGUUAUUGAUUACUCACCCUCAUAUCGUUCCAAUCCCAUACGACGUUCAUUUGUCUUUACAUCACAAAGUGAGCCGUCUGACCCUGCAUAUACACCAAUGCAACAGUCAUGUUUAAUGCUCAGAAAGGUAGUAAGAACAUUGCUAAAAUGCGAGAUCCAUGUGAGAUCAGUACCUUAACCUUAAUUUUGAACAUGGUAGUUGUUUUGCUGUAUAGGCAGGGUCAGAAAGCUCUCGGAUGUCAUCAAAGAAAUCUUAAUUUGUGUUUCAAAGAUAAACAAAGGUCUUACAUGUUUGGAACAGCAUGAGGGUGAGUAAUAAUAAUAAAAAAAAAAAAUAAUUUCAAUCAUUUAUAAAAUAAAAUGCAAAUUCAACCAAAGGCAAACCAACAUGACUAGUUUUUCUACAAGUGUGUGUACGUAGAUCUUAAUCUUUUAUCAUUUAUCUACAAAAAUGUUUUUAUAUAAGCAAACAGGAUAUGACUGCUCAGUGUGGUCACAGUGGUGUGGUUAACGUUCAGCCUCUUAAAGUACUGGUACACAACGGUGCAGUCCACACACCGGAGACAUACACAGUUUGAUUCUAAAAGACCGACAAUGUGCAAGGGGAACAGCACAGGAAGUGAUUCUGUGAGGAUCAGAAGAUACAAAAAAGCUACGGUGUAUUUGGUGCUUCAGUGUGUUCUUCUGUUGGAGGCCAUUAUUUUGCUGAUUACUGAACACAGAACUAAGAGUAACAAGUUUGAAAACAGUGAGGAAGACUUCAAUAAAACAAAAAUGAAGCUACUUUCUGAUAUUCAUGACAUGUUAAAUAAAAAGGUCAAAUUCGAAAAUGAGAUUAAGGAAAUUAUCCCAAAAAACCUCCAGUUAACUGAGGGGAACAAACUGCUUUCAAAACAUCUUCGUGAAAUGGAUGGAUGGAGGUGUUAUCAAUCCACUUUAUACUACAUUUCCUCUGAAGAGAAAAACUGGAGUGAAAGCAAACAAGACUGUUCGAAGAGAGGAGCAAAUCUGACUAUUAUAAACAGCAACGAAGAACAAGAUUUUUUUAAAACUCACGACAAUGUCUGGAUUGGUCUAAAUAAUAUGGAGGGAACAUGGAAAUGGGUUGAUGGCAGCCCACUGACCUUGAGCUUCUGGGCUUCUGGAGAGCCCGAUGGAGCAAAGGAGUGUGUUGUGACUUCAGAGUGGAAGACACUUCCUUGUAGUUCUACUUUUAAGUGGACCUGUGAAAGAAAACCAUCUAUUGAAAUAAAAAAUCUUUCAGGAAUUGACUCUGUGAAGAUCAGAAGAUACCAAGCAGCUGUAAUGUGUUUGGUUCUGCUGUGUGUUCUUCUGCUGACUGCAGUCAUAGCGCUUUGUGUCCACAUCCAUACAAACAACACAAACUACACAGGAGACAGCAGUGAGCUACUAAUUAACAUUACCAAUCUCGCAGAAGAGAAAGACCAACUACUAACCAGGAAUACAGAUCUCACAGAAAAGACAGACCAGCUACGAACUAAGAUUGUCAACCUCACAGAAGCGAGAGACCAGCUAGUAGACAAGAACAUGCAGCUGGCAAAAGAGAAAGAUGGAUUAUUAUCAAGUUACCGGGAUCUGAUUAAACAAAGAGACCAAUUACAUCAGGAGAAAAAUGAACUGUUGAAAAGUAUUCAUGGAAUGGAUGGAUGGAUUUACUAUCAAUCUAAUCUUUACUUUGUUUCCUCUGAGAAGAAGAGCUGGACUGAGAGUAGAAGAUACUGUGCAGAGAGAGGAGCAGAUCUGAUCAUCAUCAACAACAGAGAGGAACACGAUUUUGUGAAGAAAAUAUCUGCUAAUGCUAAUGUCUGGAUUGGUUUGACUGACAGUGAAGUGGAGGGCAGAUGGAAAUGGGUUGAUGGAGGCACACUGACCUCUGGGUUCUGGGAUCCUCGAGAACCCAAUGGACAUAGAGGAGAGAACUGUGCUCUGACUUAUUCACCAGGAUGGGCUGAUUAUGCAUGUAGUGAUCUUUUUCAAUGGAUCUGUGAAAAGAGCAUUUUAAAAUAAGUCAUCACAUGAACUGCAGGUUCAUGUAAUAAGAUACAUAUUGGUACAUUUUCCCCUUAGAAUAGCUUUAUUAAAACUGCUUCUGCUAAAACACAGGUUUCUUUUUCCCUCCAUACAGAAUAUAAUGAUUUACAACACCAAACAGUGAAAUGAAAGUGCAAAUACACUAGGGCUGUAGCUAUCGAAUAUUUUAGUAAUCGAGUAUUCUACCAAAAAUUCCAUAGAUGAAUCGAGUAAUCGGAUAAAAUGUGUUUUUGCUUAAUUAAAGUCCAAUAUUAAUUAUGCAAGAGAAAAUACGACUCAUGGGUCUCUUAAAAUGAACAACUAAGUUUCCUUUUUAAGAAUUUUUUUUUUUUUUAAUGCAUAGAAUGCAAUGCAUACAUAACAAAAUUAAAAUUUAAAUACUACCCAUUGCUUCUCUGUCUGUACUUAUACUGUGAACAAUGACAAUAAAGUUGACAGAUGAAUUAAGUGCAUUUAAGUGCCAUUCAGUUGGGGUUUUAAAUAAAGAAUUUUCUGAAAUUCACAUUAAAGACAUUAAACUUGAUUGUAUCAAUCAAUCAAUUCAACCAAUCAUUUAUUUCUAUAGCCAGUUUAAAAACAACACACGCUGACCAAAGUGCUUUACAGACCCGAAAUUACAAACCAAAAAAAUAUUGCACUAGAUGUCAAGGAAAUGUUGUUUUGAGGAGUUAUUACAAUUAUUGGUUUUUUGUUAAAGUCACACUAACCUGCCUAGAAAUGUUUCACCAUCUAUCCAUAAUUGACCUGUUUUGUUUUCAGUGGAAAUAUUCGUGUGUAUCCAUCUUAAAAUAUGGAGAUACCUAAUAAAAUAUGACAUUUAAACUAUGUACACUAUGUCAAAUUUUUACAGUAAUCAUGACUGUCAGUUCCUCAAUUUCCCUCAAAUCAAAAGGCGGCAUGCUUUUUUAUGAAUGAGGGAAACAUCCUCAUAAAUAUGUGAAUAAUGACUGAGCUAAGCAGAGAUCAAUAUACUGAGAUUUUUCAGAUGAGCUGGAUGUUGACUACUGAGAAUAGUGUUAAUGAACUUCCAUCUGAUCUAAAAUCGCUGUCAUGGCACUAUAAAAGAGAUAACAUUCUGUAAAUGCUUAUGGGAUAAUGAAAACUGCUGAAUGAAAAUGAAAAAAAAAUCACUUCUUCACAAAAUUCAUUUAAUCACUUUUUUCUCAUUUUUGGAUGAACUGUUGCUUUAAGCUGAAAUAAACUCUCCUCUCAUCUUCUGAGUUUCUUUAGCAGAGAAGGUAUUUUAAAGAGGCAAGUGUUCAGUCGACACAGUCGGGGAGUUGGAGACAUACUAAAUGAUAUUUCGAAGGUCAUUAGAAUGAAGAACAUGACAAAGAAGUCGCUUUUGUAUGUGACUUGGCCUUUAACCAGCCUACGGAGGGCUGGUGUCUCAUAGCAACUGCAGGUGAUACUAUGUUUCUUACAUUAGAAGUCUGUUCUGAGGUCUUGAGCUUCAAGUUCUAGAAACAAGAAAACCCCAAAUGUAUCAAAAUCAUUUUCAGCCAAAUGUUUACAAAAGGGUUUCAUAAAUGCCUGCAUUAAAACACACACAAAUACCAGAGAACGUUAUCUGUUACCAUUUCCCUGAUUGCCCACAUAGGAGGGCAGGUCUAUGUGUGUGUGUGUGUUCAUCAUAUGCAUGACACACAUGACGAAAAACAGCUCAUAGAAACCAUUUUAAACUGAUCUGGUCAACUCAUUGGGGAAAUAUGCAGUGGACACACAUUUAAUGUCAAUAGCCAAUCAAGUAUAAAGGUAAUAGAAGCUUGGCAGCGAGUAUUUGGACCAUGUAACUGAGGCCUUCACCUCUCUGCUUUAUUGAUUUACAACCUUUUCAAGCCCUUCAGCAACCUUUAUUGAUUUCUCACUUUGUUACAAUUAUUGGGUUUUUGUCCAGUACCUGAGCCAAGAGACAUUCAGAGUAGGCUUGCCACGAUAGACGGUCCUGACGGUGAUACCGGUGUUAAGCUGCAACACCAGUUACGUCAUUUGCCCACCGCAGCAACGACCCACCAUCGUAUUGAUUUUUUGUAGCAAUAAAAAUCAUUUUGGUCGAACAUUGUUUGCUGAUUUCCACUUUGUGUCAUUUAUUUAUUUUAUUCAACAUCAAGAUUUGCUAAUAAAUAUUCCACAUUUUACUUAUUGGUUAGCCUUUUUCCAGUUUUUAUAACUAUUUAAACUAUUAAAAUUGUUUACUAUGUUAUAUUAGGCAUAGCCUGCCCUAUAGCAUGGUUUAUUUUUAUUUGUUUUGCUAAUAAAAGUCCUAUGUUUUAUAUAUAGGAUAAAGUAAAUUUGAUGUUGUAUUUUGUUG